GCAAUGUCGAAAUUCCUCAAGGUACAAAUAGCAUAAACCCAUCCCAUCAACGGAUCAUGGCAUCUCCGGCGCUUCUCGUUUCUUUAGCAAUUUCCACCUUCUUCACCACCUCUUUCGCUUGCACAUUCGUCGUAACCAACAGCUGCCCCUUCACCAUAUGGCCCGGGACGCUGUCCGGCUCGGGGACCCCGCCGCUCCCCACCACGGGCUUCCAGCUGGAUUCCGGCCAGAGCAUCACGGUUCCCGCCACUCCCGGAUGGUCUGGCCGGAUGUGGGCCAGGACCGGCUGCACGUUUGAUGCCACCGGUUCUGGCUCUUGCCAGACCGGAGACUGCGGCGGUAGGCUCGAAUGCAAUGGCAUGGGCGCCACGCCGCCGGCGUCCCUCUUCGAGAUAACCCUCGGGGUCGGGGACCAGAAGGACUUCUACGACGUCAGCAUCGUAGACGGCUACAACCUGCCACUGGCCGCCGCUCCUCGGCGCGGCGGAUGCAACGCCACCGGAUGCAUACAAGACAUCAACAUGGGUUGCCCUAAAGAGCUCCAGGUGAUCGGGAGCGAGGGGGGCGAAGGUGGCGGCGUGGUGGCAUGCAAGAGCGCGUGCGGGGCGUUCGGGCUCGAUCAGUACUGCUGCAGCGGGGAGUUCGCCAACCCGACGACGUGCCAGCCGUCUUUCUAUUCCGGGAUCUUCAAGAGAGCUUGUCCAAGAGCGUACAGCUAUGCAUUUGAUGAUGGAACCAGCACCUUCACAUGCAAGGCCUCAGUCUACAACAUAGUAUUUUGCCCUAAUAGUGGGAUGAGGAUAAUAGAUGGUGGAUUGGAAAAUCCUGUUGAAGAAAGAAGAACUAGCAAUGUAUCUAGGGAUGUGUCAUCUUCAUCGUCUAGGACUCUGACUAUGAUAGAUAGAUCUUACCAAAUAUUGAUUACUUAUGUUAUCUUGUUUGCUUUAUGUUAUUGGCAUGUUUGAUAAUUUCAUCAUUAUCUAUAGAUAAUUGUCACCACGUGACAAGAAAAAAAAAAUUAAAGAUUACAUAUCAAUCAUAUUCAGUCUUAACUUUUUGA